AUGAUAUAAAUUGUUAAUGAUGAUCUGAUCCCUUCAAAUAUAAAGGCAAAUUCUCGAUUAAGGGAUGCUUAUAUAAAGUAUUAAGAGCUAGUUUCAAGAGGCAAGAUCAAAUUGAAAAUGAACAAAUAAAUAAAUUGUGAUAUUGGUUAAUAACUUUAUUUCUUUAAACAUAAAGAUGCUUUGUUUUUCCAACAUCCAGAUAAAUAAUAAGAAUACUAUGAAGGAUUGUUAAAUAAUCUUACAUAAUAAAUUAAGUAUUUUGAAAAUAUGAAUUAGACCUUAGAAAGCAAUUUCAUAUGAAAAACAAUUACUUUAAUAUAUAUAAGGUUUGAAUCAAUAAAAGUAUACACCAGAUAGUUUAAAGAAUGAAAUAAUUCAACUUUACAAAAGAAAGAUCUGUUAAUUAAAAAUAAGAAAAUAGAGAACAUUGUAAUAAGAGGAUAGUAUAUAGAAACCAUAAGCAGAAUUGAUUUAUAAGCAUAGAAUUUAAUGGAUUGACAAUUAGAUAAUAAAUUUAAAUUAAAGAUUGGAAAGACUAAGAAUUGAUGAUGGGAUAAAAAAUUAUAAAGAUAAUUAAUAAGCAUUAUAUAGUAAUAUAUUUAUGGAUGAUGUUGAAAUAUAUUUGAGAAAUAAGAUAUAUUUUGAUAAAAUAAAAUUACCAUUUCGUAAAUUAAAAUAUGUUUGUAAAUGGAUGCAUUUUUUGGAUAGAUUUGAAAUAUAAGAUAAUGCAAAUAAGAUUUUAAAUUAAUUAAAAGUUUAAAAUAGUGAAUAGAAUUAAUAAUAUUUUAAUGAUAUUGUAACAAAUAUUGAAAGCAAAUUAAAUCUUAAAUAUUGUAAAUAUAUAUAUUUAUUUAAGAAAUGAGUAGAGAUGUAGUAUUAUAAUUAUAAGAGUAUUUGAAACCACUUAAAUUUUCAUUAGAUGAAAGUAGAAUAACUUAAAGAUUUGAUCGUCUUCCUUUAAUAGUUUUAACUGAUUAUGAGAUGUAAAAUAGAUUGUAUUAAAGUGCAUCUAAAUUUCUUAAAAAUCCUAGAUAAUUUGGUGAAUAGAAAUUAAUAUUCCAUCUAUGUAAUUUAUAACAUAUGCUUGAUGGAUAUUAGAAAUAUUUAUAUGCAUGGGAUAAAUCUGAAAAAAAUGAAUAUGAUGGUUAUAGUGGUUUAUAAAAAUUAACAAUAGAAUUAAGUGCUUUUGAUGAUUCAGAAGAAUUAAUCAAAUAAUUAAAUCAUCCAUUACCUAUAUAUCCUAACAUAUCACUAGUUUAUGUUAAAAAUGAUUGGAAAAUGUUAUUAAAUUCUAAAAACAUAAUACUUAAUGAAUAUUAAACUUUUAUGUUAAAUUAAUUAAAUUUUGUAACUGUAGAUACUUAUACAGAAAAAUUGAUAUAAUUAUUACCAAUUAAUUUAAAUAAAUCUAUGUAAGCUUAUAUAGAUUAAUAAAUUAAACAAAUUAGAAGUGAUAAUUAUACACUUUUCAAUAUUAUUGAGAAUAAUGAUUAUAUUGAAUAUACAAGAGAAUCUUUAAGAUUAAGAUAGAUAAAUGAACUUUAUGAAAAAAUAUGUAAUAAAGAGAUUCAUUAUAGACAUAAAACAAAAUUCAAAUCAGAUCUUGUUAAAGCAUUUGAAGAAUUAAUGAUUGAAUUAACUCCUAAAGAAACACAUCUUUAAGCAUACUUUUCAACUUUAGUUUGUAAAAUGAGAGAAUUUCAUCGUAAAAUAUUUUAUAUUAUUAAUGCAUUAUAAUCAAUUGAAAGAAAACUUACUUUUAGUUUAUUAUCUUUAAGAGAAUGUAAAGUAAACACAACUGUAGAUACAUAAUUUCUAAUUAAAGCUAAUUAAAAAUAAAAAUCUGAAGUAAAUGAUACUUAAAUGAAUCAAUUAAUUAAUUAAAGAAGAAAUGCAAUAAUUUCAUAUUUAGAUGCUACUAAUAAAUCUACUUAGAAAAUUAGAUAAAAUCUAUCUCCAGAAUUAAAGUAUUGUAAAAUAGAAGAUGAAAUUUUUUAUUCAAAUGAAGAAUUACCUGAUGUAUUUAUCAGUCAAAAAAUUAUAAAUCCUAUUUAUGAUAGUACUAUAGAUGAAUUUAAAAAAAUAAUGAAAAGAAUAAUAUAAUAAAUAUCACUUUAUAUUAAUAAAUAUGAAAAAAUUAGUAGCAUUAAAUCUAUUAAUCCUAUUGUUGAUAGAUUUUAAUGUACACUUGAUUGUUUAGAAUAAGAAGCUAUAUAUUAAUUUUAAAAAUUAAAAUUAGUUUAAACAUAUAUGAAGAUAUUUGAUAAUACUGUUGAUCAAUAUCAUGCAUCAGAAAUAAUUGAAACCAUUUUUGAAAUUAUUCAAGCAAUCCCAUUAUUAGAUUUAGAAUCAUUUUACUUUAAAGAUAGUUAUAUACUGAAUUAAGAUUUAUUGAAAAAUUAGAGAGAAUUUAUGGAAAUAUUAAUAAAUAAAUAAUAAUAACAUGAAAAUACAUAAAUCAAAUAAAUAAAUGAAUAAUAUGUAUUAAUUAGAAUGCAAUAAGAAGAAAUUGAAAAAGUACUUAGUAGAGCAGAAACUCCUAAAAUUGAAUAAAAGACUGCUAGAGAUUCUAGAUUAAAUGAAUAAUAUGAUUAUUAUAAUGUUAGCAAUAAAAUGUCUUAAAUCUUUUAAGAACUUAAUACAACUAAUAAAUAAUCAGCAGUCAAUUUAAAUUCAGCAUCAAAAGAUUUAAAAAUUAUUGAUCCUAAUGCAAUAUUACUACCAUUUUAAAUUCUAGAAGAUUAUAAUGGAUUUAAUUUUACAGAAUCUUUAUAUUUAGUUACUUUUAUUAUAAAAACUUUUAAAAAUAGCUUUGAAAUGCUUUAAGAAUAAUUCCCUUAAAAUUCUAUUUAAGGUUAUUUAAGUCUUUAAAUAGCCUCAUUAAAAUAAGCAUAAGUAUAUUCAUAUUAAGAUUAAAAAUUACCUUAUAUUAAAAAGUUUCAUGAAAAUACGUUAUUUGAAUCUGAAUAUGGAUUAAUCUAAAAGUAUUUUGAUAGAAUAAAAUCUACAGUAUAAAAUGAUAUUAAUCCAUAUAUUUUAAAUAUUUCUUUAUAUGAUUUAGAGAGGACAUUAAAUCAAUAAUAGAUUUAAAUAACAGAUAUUGGAGCUAUAAAUAAUCUUUUAGAAUAUUUAAGAUUAAGAAAACAUUUUUUAAAUAUUUAAUUAGAAAUGAAAGUAUAACAUAGAAUUUAUAAAAAAAUACAUGGAUAUCAAAAAAUGAGUAAAACAAAUGACUUAUAUUUUAAAAGUAAUUUAGUUGAUUUAUAAAGUCAAUAUAAAAAGAAUUAAGCUGUUAAAUAUUGUUAUUCUCCAUAUUGUUUUGAAAUUGAUGCAACUUAAGAAGUACCUUUCAUUUUAUUAAAAUAAUUUGAAAUCUUAGUAUUUUAAGAUGUAAUAGAAGAAUUUAGAAAUAUUAUAUUGUAUGAUUAAAUCAAUGUGAUGUUUCUUUAAACAUAAAAUGAAUUAAGAUUUAAUUAUAUUGAUGAUUAUAUGAAAGCUUAAUUAGAUUUGAAGCAUUUUGCAUAAAUUGGUUAUUUACCAUAAAACUCAAAAUUAACAACUAAAUAAAUUAAUUAAUUUGAAUUCAAUGAAAAAUUGUAAAUAUUUAUAAUAAAAUAUUUUAGAUUAUUAUCAAAUUUACCUAAGAAACCUUAAGAAAUAGAUGAAUAUUUGAAAUAAGCUAAAUAAACAAAAGCUGAAUUAUUUAUUAAAUAUGUAAAUAAAUACAAAGAGAGGCCAAGAGUAAAUUCAUUUUAAAGUGAUAAAAUGUAGAUUUUAUGUCUAAAAAAGGAUUAGAAGUAUAUUAUAUAAUAUAUAUAGUUUAAAACUAUAUUUAAUAAAACGUUUAAUUUAAGAUUUUUUGAGUAUUACUUAAUAUGAAGCUAUUAAAGUUGAUAUUUUUUAUACUUAAAUGAGAAUUAAAAGAAUUUCAUAAGUAAUUCCUAAUUCUAGUUAAAUUGAUAAGAAUUUUUUAUUAUCUGUUUAAGAAGAACAAUUAGUUUAUGUUUAAUAAUUUAAAUAGUUUGCUGAGAGAUUAGAAACUCAUAUUCAUAUAGAUCAAUUUUAUUCUAAAGAUGAUUUUUAAAAAUAAAAGCAAUAAGAUUCAAAUUGGGAUCUCAGAUAAUAUUAUAAAUCUAUAUAUUAAUACUUGAUGGAAUUAUUGAGACAUAAUACAAUAUAUUUAAACUGGUUUGAAUUAUUACAUAUGAAUGAACUAUAUCUAUUUAAUUUAUCAUUUGAUUAUUAUGAUUAAACAAAAGAGAUGCUUUAUUAAGGUAAAUUAGGAAAGAACCCUAUUAAAAGUGUUUUAGAGUAUGAUAAGUAAGAAAUAUAAUUGAUAAUUUAGAAAUUAAAUGGAUAUUAAAUAAUGUAUAUCAGAUUAAGUAAUAGAAUAACGAGCUUUAGUAGCAUAAGCAAUAGAUAAAAUGAUAGAUAAAAUAAAAUCAUUUUAUUCAAUAAACAAAGUUUUUGAAUCUUUUAAUUAAUAAAUAGAACUAUUCAAAUCAAAAAAUAAAAUUAAUGAAUUAAUACCAGAGAUUAAAUAAUCAUAUUUAAAUCUUUAUUCUAAAACUUAUUACAUUUAUAAUUAAUGUAAAUUCUUAAUAUCCAAAGAUGUAAAAUAUUAAUAAUAUUUAUUAGUAUCCAGAUUCUGAAUAUUAUUAGUAAUAUUAAUUGAUUAAUUAAUGUCUUUUCUUAAAACAUUAAUUUAGUUCUGUGAAUCUUAAUUUCUUUAAAACUAUAUAUGUCAGAUAUUAAAAUAUUUAUAAGAUUAAAUAAAAAGAAUUGUAUAGGAAUUUUAAGAAAUUGGAUUCAAAUACUUAUUCAGAUUAAAUUAAAAUGAUCAAUUUAGUUUUGCCUAUAAAUAAUGAGAAUCUUUUGACUUAUUAUCAUAAUGAAUAACAUUAAAAUAUUAGUUUGAUGUUAUAGGUUCCAGGUAAUAUUGGUGUAAAUGAAAGGAUUAUGCUGAGAAAACAGAAUGUCAUUAAUAUUAAAGAAGCAUGUAUUUCAACUCUUUUGUAAGAUACAUAUGUUUUAUUAUAAAAUCCAUAUAUUUUUAAUAUAAGUAGUGUGGAAUUAAAAUUAUAUUAUAAUGAUCUUGAAAUAUAAUUAAAAGAUUAGAAGAUGACUUUAAAAGAAUUAGUAUAUAAUUAACUUACAAAUACUUCUAUAAAAGCUAUGAAUGAUAAUGUUUACUUGUUAUAAUAAUAUUUGAAUGUUGCUCCAGAAUAUAUAGAAAAAACAGAAAUUAUGGAUAAAUUAGUGUCUAAAAUAAAUAUUGCUAUUCCAAGAGUAAAAUUCAUAAAUAGUUUACAAAGUACAUUAAGUUAAAAGAAUGGAGAAAUACAUAAUGCAUUGAAAAUAUCAUUUAUAUAAGGAUUUUUGAAUAGAUUGAGGAACAAAUCAAUUUAAACUAAUCUUUUAGUUAGUGGAAUGGGUUAUUCUAUUAGUUCAUAAGAUAUUGAAGAUUGUCUCAAUAUUUUAAAUAGAGAUUUAUAUACUUUUGCAGAAAAUGAAAUAACUGCAAGAAUGGAAACUUUUAAUUUAAUUUAUGAAUAAUAAAAAACAUAGAUUAAAUAAUUAAAUAGAUAAUUAAAAGAAAAGACUUUAGAAAAUGAAUAAUUGAAAUAGUCUUUUGAUGAAAGAUUAUAAGCACUUGUUAUUGCAAAAAGUAAUAAAAUAUUAUUUGAUUUGGAUAUGUUAUAAUCUAAAUUUAGAGAUUAUUAGAAGUAUCUAAAUUAAUUAACAUAUUUAGGUGUACUUAAGGAUUAGAAGAUAAUAUUAGAGAAUAAAUUGAAAGUAAAUAUAAAAUUCAUGUUGAACAAUUAACUUUUGAAAGAGAUAGAGUUAUUUAAAAAUUUAUGGACUUAAAAUAAUAAUUAAUAACUUUAUUUACUUAAGAAGUUUAAACUAACUAAGAUGCUCUUAUUAAAUUUGUUUAACAAAAAACUAAUGAAAUGCUAUCAGAAAUUCCAUUAUAUAAGAGAUCUCAUAGUGAAAAAAAUGAUCAAAAUGAAAAUAAUCAUCAUGUAGAACACUAAAAAAUUGAAUUGCUUUUUGAACCAUAUAAAUUCACUAAAGCUUUACAUUAAUUAAAAGAUAAAUGGUAAUAAGAUACUGAAGAUUAAAAAAUUAAUUAUGAGAAAUAAAUUUCGUAUAUUUUAAUUCUAAUAUUAGAUUUUAUAAAUAAUAAUGUUUGGAAUUUGAAGAUUUAUAAUUUUAAUUGAAUGAAAGCAAAAGAAAAGAAACAACUAUGAAAAUGGAGAUUAUUACUUUAUAAUAGACAAUUAAUUUAUUAAUUAAGUAGAAAGAUGAUUAUGCUGAAUAAAUUGAUUAAUUGAAAUUUGAAAAAAAAAGAAUAUUGAAAUCAAAUGAUGAUUAUUAAUAAUAAUUGAAGUAAUAUAAAGAGAAAUUCAAAACAUAAGAAGUUAAAAAACGAAAUGCAAUAUCAGUAGAUAAUUAUUCCAUGACAUAAUCAAUUGUUGAAAGGAAAACCUUGCCAAAGUUAUUCAAAAGUGAACAAAAACCCAAAUUAAAAUUAUGA